UAAGUGACUGGCGAGCAGAGUCCCUCAACCAGAUUUACGGGUUACGGGCUUCUGUGCGAGAGACGGCUACCACAGCCGCCGAUUCACCUGCACUCUGAGAGGGGGGGAAAGACAUCCAGCAGCCUGCCAGCAUCCGAGCUGGACGCUGUGGCGGAGCUAAAGCAGACAGAGACAGGGCAAGAGAAGGUUGUACAACCUUUCUCUGAAAAACAAACCUAUCUGAGAUGAAAGUCCAAUAACACACCUCAGAGCUUUUCCACUUUUACAACCUGUCUCUUAACACACCUCGGAGACAGGUCAACCCGGGUCCAACCGAGCGACGGCGUUAAACGACACUCCGCUCUCAACUCUCCAACGCACAUCUGGAGGAAUUUCGACAGUUCCCAGCAACAACCGGCCACAAUGUACCGCUCAACCAAAGGAGCAUCCAAGGCUCGACGGGACCAGAUCAACGCGGAGAUCCGGAGCCUAAAGGACUUGUUGCCUAUAUCCGAUGCCGAUAAAGCACGGCUCUCAUAUCUGCACAUCAUGUCACUUGCCUGCAUGUACACCAGGAACUCCGUCUUCUUCACUCAAGAAGCAGAAACUGCUGACGAGAGUGCGGGGUUUCUGUCUUUUCACGAACUGUCGGAGUUGAUGCAGAACCUGCCGGGUUUUUUGAUGCUGCUGACUGGGGAAGGGAAGCUCCUGUACCUGUCAGAUAGCGUCUCCGACCACCUCGGACACUCCAUGGUGGAUCUUGUGGCACAGGGGGACAGUGUGUAUGAUAUCAUCGACGCCUCAGACCACUUUAACAUGAGGAGCAACCUGUCAACCACCACGUCACUUGAGACGGACCGUCUCUUCCGCUGUCGUUUUAACACCUCCAAGUCCGUGCGGAGGCAGAGUGCUGGGAACAAGCUGGUUCUGAUCCGAGCUCGCUGCCUCUCUCCCCCCGCUGCCUCUACUGCCGCUGGGUCCUACUGGACAUCGAACCCCGUGUGGGUGUGUUUUUGCUCCCCUCUGGAGCCCCACCCGACCCGCUCCAGCCCCGGGGCAGAAAGGGAGUCAACCUCCACCCCUCCCCUUCCCGAGGCCAACUUGUUUUUGGCCUGCUUCCACUCACAGCAUAGCCGGGACAUGAGGCUGCAGACUGCCCAGGACAGUGUGAGCGCCUAUCUUGGCUUUGAUGUGACAGCUUUACGCUCUUGCUCCUGGUACAGCCUCCUCCACCCACAGGAUCUGUCACAUGCCUCCGCUCAACAUCGCAGCCUGUUGAGAGAAGGAGGAGAGGGCAGAGCUGAAAUGGUGGUGCGUGUGCAAGCUCAGGACCAAUCGUGGGUUUGGCUCUACAUGGUGCUUCAGCUGCAACCUGGAGAAAUCCCCAUCAUAAGCAACAACUACAUCAUCAGUGAGUCUGAAGCCUGGUCAGUGCGUCAGCACCUCAGCUCAGAGCACACCCAGCUGACCCUGGUUCUAAGUGGCGGUACCUCUCAGCAGGAGGGUCUGAGCCUCCAGUCUCCAGAAACCCUGUCCAGCCCAGACCAAGUCUUCACCCCAGGCAGCAGUGGCUUGUCAGCCCAAUCCUUUGACUUCAGCACUGCUGGCUGCAGCGUGGGUUCAUCUGAUGAACCAGGGAGCUCUGCUGCUGAGGCUAUGCAGGUGGAGGGUGACCCUCGCUCCAGUAUCUCCUCUCUGGAGGAAGACAGCUUCUUUCAGCAGCAUCCCACUGAAAACCCCUCAGCUGCCUCCUCUCCCACUCCAGUCACUGUUGAAACAGUAGCAGACUUAGACUUUUUGACCCAGAACAUUCUUCUGCCGCCGUCCUUCCAACUUGACCCUCCACUGCCAGCUCUCCCCCUGCCUCUCCCCCCUGUCCCCACCUCACAAGCUCAGCAGACCAAAGAGUUUGUCCCCUCCUCCCCCUCCCCCUCGCCCAAUCCCUCCAGCCCAAUCUCUCUUCAAACCCCAGUAUGCUGGAACCAACCCUCCCAGUUUGAGGGAGUAGGCCACUUCUGUAGCGUCCAAUCGGCGCAAUGUAACUCCAUGGUUGGGUGCGGGGCGACUGUGGCUGCUGAGGCCGGGGCAACGGCAGAAGGAGAGGGGCUAGCGGAGGAAGCAAUGGAGAUCGAGGUGGUGUCAUCUCCUGUGUCCUCUUGCUCCUCCAUCCAAGCUUCCCCUCCCCUCAUCCUCACUGCCUCCCCCAGCCCUGCCGCCUCCACACCCAACGUCUCGCCCAUGCCCGCUGUGUCUUGCAAUCAGUCCCUCCUAGAGGAACUGGCUGUCCUGGAACCCAUGUUUGGGGCAGGUGCCUCGAUCGCCCCUGGCUUAGGGCAACAACCUGAGUUGUAUCAACUCCAAUGUCAUCCAUCGCCACAGUGCUUCCACAAAGAUGGGAGUGGAAGUGUUCCUCCGUUCUAAAAUAAGUCUGUGACUUACUUCAUUAAGUAUGGCAUAUUGUCAUAUUUUGUGGAGCCCCUUUUACUGAAAAGUAAAAAAUUAUUAAGUGUAUAAAUAUACAUAAUGUAUAUACAACUUAAGGACUUUAACUCCUACAUGUCUCCUAAGAACAAAGAUUGGCUUUAUAUUUUUGUUCAGUUAUUUAUCUGUAUACUACUACAAAACUGGUGCAACAUUUACAUGAUGGUUAAACCACAUGGACCCAUAACUGACUUGGUUUUGAGUCUAUGUGGUGUCUUUCAGCUUCUCUGUAACACAAGCUUCAGAUAUGAUCAGACAGAGAAACCUCUCUGAACUUGUAAGCGCUGUUUAACUUCCAGAUGCGCAUUUGUAUUCACUCGUAGUGAAAAAUCUGUUGUGAACAAAAAAAAAGAACAUUUCUUGCUAUUUCAAUAGAGAGAUGAAUUAUAGCACUUUUUUGCCUGACAUGCAGCAACGCAAACCCAAACCUCAAAUGUAAUGAAAGUCAAAUGUUUACAAUUUUUUACAUCCUUAGGAUGACCACUAUCAGUACAUCCUGCCAAUAGCUCUUCUAUCCGGUCUUCAGAGCCAGUAGCGCUCUAAUUCGAUAGCACUUUUGCCUUAAAGGCAAUAUCAAAACUCAAAAAUAAUAAUUAACUUUUAAUCAGAGAUACUUUGAGCUUUGAGUUUGCAGCUUUAAACCUUUAACAUUUCAUAUUUAUCUCUCCAUCUAAAAUCUUGUGUAUCAAUGUGAUGUGCAAACAAAAAAGCAACUUGUGAAGAGAUCCUGGCAUGUGAAGAUCUCAAGAAUGUUGAAGACGUCCAUUGCUUUGCGAGACAUAACACCAAAAAAGAAAUUGUCUGGAAGUUUGCCGGAGCACUGAUCAUGCCACAAAUCCACAAAUGCUACGUUGUACUGUACAUUAGACUCUGAAUGUGGGCUCUCCAGGUCCCUGCUGGCCUGAGGGCAGUCGGCUGGAUAUUGUUGCAGCAUCAAUAUUUGCAAUGCUGGCAGCUUAUAGCGGCUCCUGUGUGCCUGAAACGGCCCUGACCUGCUGAACUCUGAACUCUUUAUCAUGUCCAUUCGACAUGGACAUUUACAUCGUUGCUCCACUGGAGUGCGGUGUAGUGAGGCACAAUUGACUAUGUGAAUGAGUGAUUCUUCUUUUUUGAGAGGGGUUAGAUUACAAAAGUUUUGUUUUAAAAAAUGAAAAUAGGGAUGGGGUGCUAUUUCUAUUCAGUUACCAAGCGACACGGGUUGAGAAUGGUACUAUUCCCAUGGUGUCGACAUGCUCACGUAGAGUUGUCUACGGUCAAGUAAAGGAUUGAUUCCUACGUUCUAGCUAUUAAAGGCUAAGUUAAUAUACAUGUGUAAAAUUACUGUAUUGUAUGUGUGAUAUUUGAAAAAGAUGUUAUUACAUAUGCAUUAUGUCUGUGGAUAUAGGCAUAUGUUCUUUUCAGAAAGGUUGUACACAUUUGUACAUUUGUAUAGUAGAACAAUAUUGGUCUGUAUAUAUAAGAAAGAGAUUUUUAUUGCAUAAGAUGAAAUAUAUUCUAAACAUCUUACUUCCUGCAGAAUGGACAUUGUGGACCAGUGUUCUAUUGUGUUGCUUAUAAGUGUAUUUGAUUGUCAUACAAAUGCAUUUAUAUUAAAAGUGCACUUAAUGCGGCUGAUG